GGAAUUAGAGUAGGUGCCGAGCUCGAGAUUGUUGCUUCAGCCAGAGCCUUAUUAAUGGGAUUAGAAAGCUAUAAGCUUAAGCAAAGCUCUUGUCUCGCUAUACUACACCCAUGAGUUUGUCAAUCCUUCAUACCAAACAAUCCGAGCCCCCAUAAUCUCAUCUUAUAUGUGUUAGGAAAUCUGAAUUAGGAAAAAUGUGCUCGAAAUAAUUUGUGCAUCAUGUUAAAUAGAAAAAUCUUGCUUUUAUACGUGUGAAAUUUUAAAUGAUUGUGAAAUUAAUUGUGAAAUUUUAAUUGAUACGUGUGAAUUAAUUGAUUUUAGUUUGUGUGCUCUAAGAUACUUUCACAAUGUUUGUCGAAAAUACAUCGGCAAAGAAUGGAGAAAUAUAAUUAUAGGCAUUAAAUAGAGGACCUCGGUUAAAUCGCGCCUUGGCGAAUCUAGUGGGCCUCACAGAUAGCGAUACGGAAAUAUCCCCUAAGAGUUAUCUGACUAAGUAUAGUUGUGUUCAUAAAAGAGUGAAAUCUUAUUCUUGUAGUAUAUAUAACAAGAGUUUUACACAAAGAACUCAUCUGACUAUACACCUUCCUGUUCACAUUGGUGAGGAGCCUUUUUCCUGUCCUAUAUAAGACUUUUCCCCCAUAGAAGUAAUCUGACUACACAUGGUUAUGUUCAUACUGUUGAGAAACCUUACUCUUGUAGUUCAUGUAAUAGGAGUUUUUCAAAAAAAAGUUAUCUAACUAAACAAAAUCGUGUUCACACUGGUGAGAAACCUUAUUCUAGUAUAAAGUAAGAGUUUUUUCAUGUAAAAGUCAUCUGACUACGGAGAGUUGUGUUCACACUGUUGAGAAACCUUAUUCUUGUUGUUUAUGUAAUAUGAGUUAUUCACAAAAAAGUCAUCUAACUGAACAGGGUCUUGCUCACAUUGGUGAGAAACCUUAUUCUUGUAGUAUGUGCAACAAAAGGUUUUCGCAAAAACUCUCUCUAACUGUACACAGUCGUGUUCACACUGGUGAGAAACCUUAUUCUUGUAGUAUAUGCAACAAGAGUUUUUCGCAAAAAAGGUAUCUGAAUAAUCACAGUCGAGUUCACACUGGUGAGAAACCUUAUUCUUGUAGUAUAUGCAACAAGCGUUUUUUGCAAAAAAGUUAUCUGAAUAAUCACAGUCGAGUUCACACUGGUGAGAAACCUUAUUCUUGCAGUUUAUGCAAUAAGAGUUUUUCGCAAAAAAGUGAUCUGACUAAACAUAGUCGUGUUCACACUGGUGAGAAACCUCAUUCUUGUAGUAUAUGCAACAAAAGUUUUUCGCAAAAAAGUCAACUAACUGCACACAGUCAUGUUCACACUGAUGAGAAACCUUAUUCUUGCAGUAUAUGCAACAAAAGUUUUUCGCAAAAAAGUCAACUAACUGCACACAGUCAUGUUCACACUGGUGAGAAACCUUAUUCUUGUAGUAUAUGCAACGAGAGUUUUUCGUAUAAAAGUAAUCUGUCUGUACACAGUCGCGUUCACACUGGUGAGAAACCUCAUUCUUGUAGUAUAUGCAACAAAAGUUUUUCGCAAAAAUGUCAACUAACUGCACACAGUCGUGUUCACACUGGUGAGAAACCUUAUUCUUGUAGUAUAUGCAACAAAAGUUUUUUGCAAAAAAAUUCUUUAACUGUACACAGUCGUGUUCACACUGGUGAGAAACCUUAUUCUUGUAGUAUAUGCAAUAAGAGUUUUUCGCAAAAAAGUGAACUGACUAAACAUAGUCGUGUUCACACUGGUGAGAAACCUCAUUCUUGUUGUAUAUGCAACAAAAGUUUUUCGCAAAAACGUCAACUAACUGCACACAGUUAUGAUCACACUGGUGAGAAACCUUAUUCU